AUACAAGGGAGCGGGGCGGGCAGAGGGGAGGCGCUCGCUCCCGGUCCCCCUCAAAAGCUGCGAGCCCACUGGCAACUCCUGAGUCUGCUCAGCUCCCGCGGAAAGAAAAGCAGGAAAAAGCGAGAAGCCUGCAUCGCAGCGGUGGGGCGUUGGACCUCCAGGGGACAGAUCCUCUCCCUCCCUCCCUCCCUGGAGCGCUUUCCCGCCCGCCACGCCGCACUCAGCAGGUGGCCAUGGCCUCCCUGCCGACGACGCAGGACCCCUUGGCUCCUGACUUGCCUUCCGGACUCCCCCCAGCAGCGGCCUCAGCUCCGGGGGGCAACCAGAGCGCCGCAGAGGCCCCGGUGGGCAACGGGUCAGCCGCCGGCGCCGGCGCCCCGGCCGCCACGCCGUUCCAGAGCCUGCAGCUGGUGCACCAGCUCAAGGGGCUGAUCGUGCUGCUCUACAGCCUCGUGGUGGUCGUGGGGCUGGCGGGCAACUGCCUGCUGGUGCUGGUGAUCGCGCGGGUGCGCCGGCUGCACAACGUGACCAACUUCCUCAUCGGCAACCUGGCGCUGUCCGACGUGCUCAUGUGCGCCGCCUGCGUGCCGCUCACGCUGGCCUACGCCUUCGAGCCGCGCGGCUGGGUGUUCGGCGGCGGCCUGUGCCACCUGGUCUUCUUCCUGCAGCCCGUCACGGUCUACGUGUCCGUGUUCACGCUCACCACCAUCGCCGUGGACCGCUACGUCGUGCUGGUGCACCCGCUCCGCCGCCGCAUCUCGCUGCGCGUCAGCGCCGGCGCGGUGCUGGCCAUCUGGGCGCUGUCCGCGGUGCUGGCGGUGCCCGCCGCGCUGCACACCUACCACGUGGAGCUGCCGCCGCACCGCGUGCGCCUCUGCGAGGAGUUCUGGGGCUCCCGGGAGCGCCAGCGCCAGCUCUACGCCUGGGGGCUGCUGCUCGUCACCUACCUGCUCCCCCUGCUGGUCAUCCUCCUGUCCUACGUGCGGGUGUCCGUGAAGCUCCGCAACCGCGUGGUGCCGGGCUGCGUGACCCAGAGCCAGGCCCACUGGGACCGCGCGCGGCGCCGCCGCACCUUCCGCCUCCUGGUGGUGGUGGUGGUGGUGUUCGCCGUCUGCUGGCUGCCGCUGCACGUCUUCAACCUGCUGCGCGACCUCGACCCGCGCGCCAUCGACCCCGACGCCUUCGGGCUGGUGCAGCUGCUCUGCCACUGGCUCGCCAUGAGCUCCGUCUGCUACAACCCCUUCAUCUACGCCUGGCUGCACGACAGCUUCCGCGAGGAGCUGCGCAAGAUGCUGCUGGCCUGGCCGCGCAAGAUCGCGCCGCAAGGCCAGAGCAUGACCGUCAGCGUGGUCAUCUGAGGCCCACGGCGCCGGGCCUGGGCUGGGGAGCCCCGUGACCACUGGUCCCCGAGGGUGCCCACCGAGCUCCGGCUGGAGGGCUUGUUCCUAGGACCGGAGCUCAGCCAAGACGGGCAAAACUUCCAGCCCAGCAGCGCCCCUGCCCCGCAGCAUGGCCUGAUCCUCUCUAAAGCGUUGCUUUGGUGCCAGUGCUUUGCUUGGGGAGAGGAGAAGGGAUUUAUUAUUUUUCUCUUUAUGCUUUAAAGGCCAAACAAAGCUCUUCGGGUUUAAAACAGUGUUUCCAUAUCAUGGCUGCCUCCCAGGCCUUGUCUUCUGUUUGCUCAAUUCGGGGAGGAGAAGGAACAAUGGGGGUUGGAGUUAAAGUGACUGCGUAGGAGUUUGGCAAAGCUCUUCUGUUUGCCUUUCCAAACGGAUGCAAUUGUUAAGGCUGAGCUGUAAUACCUGGUAUUGCUUAGUGAAUGCGAACCCAUGUAUUUUCUAAAAUUGCGGGGAAUAUGUAUAGCAGUCUACAUCUAGGCUGUUAGCAUUUCCUGAAUAAGAAAGACCUUGAUAUGCCAAAAAGGUUUUCAUUUGAAAUCCACUUGCAUUUAGAGUACAGCACACUUACAAACGACCUUUGAAAAGGUCUUGCUAUUUUGUUCCCUCUCCUCAUCCUCAACUUCCAUUUGAAAAUAAUGAGAUAAAUUAGUUAUCGAAGAGAUAAAUAAAUAGGAAUAAAGGGGGAAAGGCACCAGUCGCUUAAGGGGACAGGUAGCCACGCAGAGGACAGACAUCCUAGCUGUGUGCAUGUUUGUGUAUGCACACCCAGGGCUUGCCACUAGGUGGGCACACACAUGUUUCCUUUCCUGAACGUGCAGUGUCAGCUGCGUGCCACAGCAUGCUCCUGCGUUCUCCACUUGCUCGGCUGCAGCAGAUCCACAGCUGUCUUCUCACCGCUCAGCGCUUGCUCUCUAGUGACAUGCUUGGAACAUGAUCAAUCCAGAUGACAAGGCCCGGGAGAAGUUUCCUUAAGGCCCAGACAGAAAAAUAAGCAGCCACUCCCAGGAUCCAUAGAUCAAACAUGCCGUUCCUUCCACACACGGUUAAGGGAACAGGUGAAGGCCAUUGAGCCACGACACCAUGCUGCUGCUUCUCACCUUACCCUCCUGAGGGCCUUUUGUAAACGAGGACAAGUGCCCUGUGGCGAGGGUUUCCACACUGAUGUUGGCACAGCGGCUGGGCAAGUGAGGGAAGGAGCUUAGGAAAUGACGCGUGAAAUCCAGCUGUCAGAUCAGCCCCUGAGCAGACGGGGCCUGAGCUGUCUGCAGCCUCUCGGUCACCAACUGUGAGAUUCCAGAGCCGCCACCGCUUACUAAGCAGCUGGAUCAGUGUUCCCCCACAUCCGCUCCUCUCACUCUCAGAAAGGAGCCCAUUAAGGUGUUCCCUGAAAGGAAGGGAACGAGGAGGCGAUUUGGGGAUGGCAAGGAUCCGAUGCUAUUACUCCAAUGCCAGCAACCAGGAUGGAAGCGUGAGGUUUCGUGCUUGGGCUAGUUAUCAGUCUGAGUCGUCAGUAGUUAUAUGACUGGAGUUUUCGCAGCAUGGGGAAGGGUAGGAAAAGCCUGGCUUGGGAGAAAGAAAGACAGGUUAAUGCAAGCUACCUUUGACGACGACACUGACACCCGCUGUCGGCUUCCCCUGUGGGUGUGGAGAACAAAGACCCUGUGCUCUCAGGAUGUAGCCCUCCCACAAUCUUGUGUCACUCCCCUGUCCCAGAUGCAUCCCAGGGACAGGUUCCUGGGCCCCCAGCGCUUCCAUUACUUAUGAGGCUCAAGGCCACACUUUUCAUGUUUCC